AUGGCAAACACCGCGGAUCUGUCGCCCAUAUGGCGCUCCUUGCCGUACGAUCUGGUACAGGAAAUCAUUAACCACUUUACUGACGAUGUCAUUGCCUCCUGCGACUACGGGGACGACCAUGCCGAUGGGCAAAUGCUUGACCCCGGGUUUCCUGGCCGGGUGUAUCGAUACUGGCAAACCUUCCGCCAAGACAGGCUCUUCAAAUCCCAGAGGCGGCGCCUCGAACGGCACUUU